AUGCUCAGAUCCGUGAAAUUGAACAGUGGGGUGGCUUUUGGAGCCAGAAAACAGCUGCUAAAGGCCAGCAAACUGACCCGUGGGCUGGCUACUGCCGCUCAGGAGUCGAACUCCGACGAAACGGUGGAAAUUACGCUCCCAGAGUCGUCGUUUGAAGGUUACAUGUUGGAACCACCCUCUUUGUCUUACACUACUAGCAAGGCCGGUCUCUUGCAAAUGUACAAGGACAUGGUUGUGGUGAGACGUAUGGAAAUGGCGUGUGACGCCCUAUACAAGGCCAAAAAAAUCCGUGGGUUCUGCCACUUGACAGUGGGUCAAGAGGCCAUCGCCGUGGGUAUCGAAAAUGCUAUCACCAAGAAAGACACUAUCAUCACGUCGUACCGUUGCCACAGUUUCACGUACAUGCGUGGUGCUUCCGUGCAGGCUGUUUUGGCCGAAUUGAUGGGUCGUCGUUCCGGUGUGUCUUACGGUAAAGGUGGGUCGAUGCAUUUGUACGCCCCAGGUUUUUACGGUGGUAAUGGUAUUGUGGGUGCCCAGGUUCCAUUGGGUGCCGGUCUAUCGUUUGCCCACCAAUACAAGAACGAAGAUGCGUGCACAUUCGACCUAUACGGUGAUGGUGCUUCCAACCAAGGUCAGGUUUUCGAGUCUUUCAACAUGGCCAAACUAUACAACCUACCCUGUGUGUUUGCGUGUGAAAACAACAAGUACGGUAUGGGUACCGCUGCGUCGAGAUCUUCGGCCAUGACAGAGUACUUCAAGCGUGGCCAGUACAUUCCAGGUCUAAAGGUCAACGGUAUGGACAUUCUUGCCGUUUACCAAGCUUCCAGAUUCGCCAAGGACUGGUGUGUUUCGGGCAAGGGUCCUCUUGUCUUGGAAUACGAGACUUACAGAUACGGUGGUCACUCCAUGUCUGACCCAGGUACCACCUACAGAACCAGAGACGAAAUCCAGCACAUGAGAUCCAAGAACGACCCUAUUGCCGGUCUAAAGAUGUACCUAAUGGAUUUGAACAUCGCCACUGAAGAGGAAAUCAAGGCCUAUGACAAGGCUGCAAGAAAAUACGUGGACGAACAGGUUGAGCUUGCCGAUGCGUCUCCAGCUCCAGAGGCCAAGAUGUCCAUCUUGUUCGAAGAUGUCUACAUUCCAGGUACCGAAACCCCAACCUUGAGAGGUAGAGUUUCUGACGAUACUUGGGACUUCAAGAAGAACGGCUUUGCCUUCAGGGAUUAA